UUAAGCACUUGCUCUCGUGGCAAGCCUACUUUGGUCGUGAUGCCGUCUACUACACCUACCCAAAGUGGGAGAGACCAUGCUAAAGCAGUAUUUUGCUAGUGAGGGCAUUGAGUUUGACAGGGCAAGGCAACCAUUCAUGCUCCACUCCAUGCACUGAGGAAGCUCCUCUGCUAGCCAUGAGUCUCGGGUGGCUGCAGAGUGGCUGCUGUGCCAGCUAUCCCAGCUGGCAUCAGUGCAGGCAUGCCGAGGCAGGCAAGGUUGAAGCCUCGGAUGGCUACAGGGAAGACAAAGGCAACAGCAGCGGUGAGGGGGCCAGGAUCCAUCUGAGGGGACUGGACACUGAACAGCUGAAAGGCAGCCUGGUGGUCCUCUACACACCUGCUGGGAACUCCUGUCUUCUCAGAUUGAACUCAGGGAUGGAAGAGAUGGUCUGGGAGCAGUACACAGUCACACUGCAACGGGACUCUAAGAUGGGUUUUGGCAUUGCUGUCUCAGGUGGUCGUGACAACCCCAACGUGGAGAGUGGUGAGACGUCAAUCAUUGUGUCAGAUGUGCUGCAGGGAGGCCCAGGAGAUGGAUUACUCUUUGAGAACGAUCGUGUCAUUCAAGUCAACUCUAUCCCCAUGGACAACGUGCCUCAUUCUUUUGCUGUGCAGUCCCUCCGUAAAUGUGGGAAAGUAGCCAAAAUAACAGUGAAGAGACCUCGUAAGGUGGCAGUCCAAUCCCUGAAGCAACCUCCAUCCCCAGGCGGGGACAGUCGCGACUACACCCCCUCCACCCACUACUUUGACGCUGACAAUGACAGUGGCUGGUACCGUAAUGACAUCCGGGACCACACCUCUGAUAGCAAAGGGCACCUGGACCCUGAGUACAGGGGAGGACGGGACUACAACCAGAGAGGGAGGAGCCGUGGUAAGAGCCAGGAAAGAACCUCACCCAGCCCUGACAGAUCCAGGAGGGAGGUGCGAGCACUGGACACCACCACUGACCAUCAGAGGUAUCAUAGCCGAGGACGCAGUCCUGGGGACAGCUACCACAUGGAUGACAAGUAUGAACGAGGAGAAGGAGGAGGAGGAGGAGGAAAAAUUGGGAGGUUUAGGAGCAAGGGCCAGCUUAAUGACAACCCAUCUCCAGAACCCAACAGAGAUCUGGAGCCACUGGAGAAACCUGUCAACGUUCUUCUGGUGAAGAACAGACCCAAUGAAGAGUAUGGUCUACGUCUGGGCAGUCAGAUUUUCAUCAAACAGAUGACCAGUACAGGCCUGGCUGCAAAGGAUGGAAACCUGCAGGAGGGGGACAUCAUUCUCAAGAUCAAUGGGACAGUCACAGAGAACCUCUCUCUCCAUGAUGCUGGGAAGCUGAUAGAGAAGUCAAGAGGGAAACUGCAGCUAGUGGUGCAGAGAGAUCGUCGCCAGAUCCUCGUUCGCAUUCCCCCGCUCACAGACUCUGACUCUGACAAUGAUGACAUAUCAGAGAUGGAGUCAUCAUACCACUCCUAUUCUCCCCCAGAAGAGAGGAGGUCCCGCCAGUCUGACCUGUCCUCCCACUCUUCUAAUGAAAGGGACAGCCACAGGGAAGAACAAAAGAGAACAGCUGAGAUGUCAGCGAUGGCCUCUCCAUUUAGAGUGCCUGAAGAUCCCCUGGCAUCAGCUGAACUGAACUCAGAUGAACAGCACAUGGAGGAGCUUCCAGCUGCUGUAACAACAACACCCAAGAUUCUCCUACAACCUAGUCAGGAAGACGAAAAAAUAUAUGGGCCAAACACGGUGAUGGUAAAUUUCCAGAAGGGAGACAGUGUUGGACUGAGGCUCGCAGGAGGCAAUGACGUCGGCAUCUUCAUUGCUGGUGUUCAAGUGGGCAGUCCUGCUGAGGAAGAGGGCCUCCGUGUUGGAGACCAGAUUCUAAAGGUGAACAACGUUGAUUUUCAAGGUGUAGUGAGAGAGGAAGCAGUCCUCUUCCUACUGGAGAUUCCAAAGGGGGAUGUGGUCACAAUCCUGGCACAGAGCAAACCUGAUGUCUAUAACGAUAUCUUGGCAUCGGGGCGUGGAGACUCCUUCUUCAUCCGCACCCAUUUUGAGUGUGAGAAGGAAACAUCUCAGAGCCUGGCCUUCAGUCGUGGGGACAUCUUCAAGGUGGUGGAUACCCUGUAUGAUGGUAAACUGGGCAACUGGCUUGCUGUCCAUGUUGGCAAGGACAAGCAGUUGCUGGAAAAGGGUAUCAUCCCUAACAAGAGCAGAGCGGAGCAGAUGGCCAGUGUCCAGAGCUUUCAUAAAGUUGCGUGUGAUCGAGCUGACUUCUGGCGGUUGCGAGGCCAGCGUUCUGUGAAGAGGAAGGACCUAAGGAAGAGCAGAGAAAACUUAAGUAGUCAAAGCCUGACCACCCACUUCCCAGCAUAUGAACGAGUGGUGCUCCGAGAAGCUGGUUUCCGACGCCCUGUGGUGCUGUUUGGCCCUAUUGCUGAUGCUGCUACUGAGAAACUGGCAUCUGAGAUGCCUGAUCUGUUUGUAAUUGCCAAAACUGAGCCAAAAGAUGCUGGCUCUGAGAAGUCCUCUGGCGUGGUUCGUUUGAACACCAUACGACAAAUAAUUGAGCAGGACAAGCAUGCCCUUUUGGAUGUGACACCCAAGGCAGUGGACACCCUGAAUUACACCCAGUGGUAUCCUAUUGUCAUCUUCUUCAACCCUGACAGCAAGCAUGGCAUUAAGGCCAUGAGACAGAGGAUCCUACCCAACUCCAACCGCAGUGCCCGCAAACUCUACGAACAGGCUGUCAAACUAAGGAAGACCUGUUCUCACUUAUUCACUGCCACCAUUGAUCUGAACUCUACCAAUGAUGCCUGGUAUGGCAGUGUUAAAGACUCCAUCCGAGAGCAGCAGAUGCAGGCUGUCUGGGUUUCUGAUGGCAAGCUGGAGGGAGUAGAGAGUGAUCUGGACUGCCAGGACAUGGAGCGUUUGUCCUUCUUAUCCGCCAUGUCUGCUGACUACCUCAGCUUGGACAGCCGACUGACCUCCGACCAAGAUGACACCGUCGACGAGGGUGGGGCCUACACCGACAAUGACCUUGAUGUGGAGACAAUGCACAUCUCCGCCAUUAGUCGCUCGUCUGAACCUGUCACAGCAGAGGAGAUCUUGCGUAGGUACAGUCCAGACAUCAGGAGUCGCAUGACGAAAAUCAGCAGCCGUGAAGUCCUCAACAGGUCCAGCCCUCCACCUGUUUUCUUGACAGACAGCAAGGUAAAGCUGUCUCUGAAGGAUGAUCCAGUUCUUAUAUUGGGCUCCAGCAACCCACAUCAUCACCACCAUCAGCAGCACACCAACCGAAGUUAUGACUCUCCAUCCAGCAGCAGCCCCACCAGCAGCAAUAACGACCCUCCACCACCUGUCUUUCAUUCAGCUGCCUCCUCUGGCCUGGCACCCCGACCUUCACCUCACCACCUCAACUCUUUUGGCAAACUGCAGCCCCUGGGAGCACCCCAGCUUCCUGUUACGUCCAAGCCCAGCAGCUGCAGGAACAAUAAAGAAACUGUAGUUCACUCACCUGUGACUCUGUCCAGUGCAACUUUGACCACUGAUAAGCAGCAAGAGGAGGCAGCCGAGGACAGCCCUAUGGAGGAUCCAUCCAUGAGGUCUUUCCGGGGGAAGAUCAAAGCGUUUGAGAAGAUGGAUCACUUUGCCCGAGCCCAAAGGGUGCUGGAACUACAAGAGGCGCAGAAUGCCAGGUUGGAAAUUGCUCAGAAGCACCCAGACAUUUAUGCUGUUCCUCUGAAGACAACCAAGCAGGAUCACAGUCGCCCAAAGGUCAGCUCCAGCUCCUGUCCUGAACCUCAGACUCCUCUACCCUCCAAGCAGGGACAUCCCCUCUACCUCAGCAGAGAGGAAGCAGAGGAGGAGUCGGUGCCAGGGUACCACACCUCCAAUUCCCACCAGUACCAGGACACUGAAUUGUAGGGUCAUCACACAGCGGCUGCGCCAGCCCUCAGCAUUCAUGAUACACAUGCAGUGCAGUUGCAGUGUACUUACAUAUUUACCAUUCCAUCUUGCACUGCACUGGACAAAUCACCUGCUCACUUUAAAAUGAUUUUUGCCUCUUUGAUAUUUGUAAAAAAAAAAAAAAAAGAAAAAAAAAAAAGGACUUUCCUGGACAGUCUGUAUAAUCCAUUUGGAUAAAAACAUGCUGUCUACUCUUUACUACUAUGCUAUAUUUAAUUGUUUCUUUCUAACAUAUCACAUUAAUGGUCAAAACUGAGUGAUCAGGAACCAUUUGUUUUCUUACCUAUGCAACUCUUUCAGUUCGUGCACAGCAACUGAAACCUAUUACCAUGAGUUUUGCCCUCACAAAAACCUCAACAAAUCCCCCAAACCACAGCGCAUUAUAUCUCAUCUAUCACCUUCCUUUUUUAGGCUCCUAUUAUUGCCAGCUAUAUUCAACAAAUAUUGUAUGUAUUGUAUUGUAUGUAUUAUGUAUAUCUAUAUAUUGUAUAUAUUACAUGGUGUAUAUUUAUAUAUAUAUAAAUACGCACACACGCACACACACGCACACACACACACACACACACACACACACACACACACAGGUGACAAGUUAAAAGAAAAACAACAUCAAGUGUCUCAUUUGGGUGUUAGGCCAGCAUUUUCCACAAGACCAGCUUCAGUGUGCCUUGGCAUUGGUUUUCCAAGUCUCUGGAAUUAUCUUGGACUGAUGGAAUAUGAUUAUUUCAAAAGAUAUACCCUCUUUUGAUGUCUUGAUGAUCGUGGCGGAGACACUAGCACACUGGUUCAAACUCUCCCAUAGAUGUUGAACUGAGUUUAGAUCUGUGACUGUGAAUGCCAUAAUAUGUUAUUCAUAUCAUUUCCAUUUUCAUCAAACCAUUCAGUGACCCCUCAUGGCCUAUAGAUGGGGACAUUGUCAUCUAGAAAGAGACCACUCCCAUCAGAAGAUCACACGGAACAGCUUUCUAUUGAUUUAAGGUGACCCUGCUCUCUGAGGGAACUAGUGGAUCCAAACCAUGGCUGCAAAAUGCUCCCACAGCAGAACAGAGCCACUGAAUCCUUUCACUGUUGGGGUCAAGGGACAAGGUUUUUCUUUUCCUUUAAUUUGUCACCCGUCAGUUUUUUGAAGUGCCUUUUACUUUCUUACUUCCAUGGGGUUUGGGUUGUCUUUCUGCCGCCACUUAGCCUGACUAAAACCUCUGCUGCUGUCAAGCUUAAAGGGAAACCAGGGAACCACUAACCCCAAAACCUUAAUGCUGUUUCCACACACUUUUCUGUGUGCCAUCACCUCCAGUGACAAAUCACACUCACAAUAAUACAGAACAUACCCUGCAACCCCUCGUCAGCCUCUGGAAUUCCAUGGAAAACAAAAUCAAUCUAACACCAGUUUGAAACUUUAAGUUGAAAUGAGUUGGUUAAAUAUAGGCCCAGUCAUUCCAGUAUUAAAACAGUUAAUUUUCUUUGGAAAACCAAGUAAUUCCAAUUUUGCUGCUUGUCCAUAGUUUUAGUUGACCAGCUUUUUGGAGCAAAGUGAUCUGUGUCACUUUUUGAUAUGGUGAGGUGAACUGUGACAGAUGCCAUUAAGCAUUAGUGAGUCAGAGUCCUAAACAAAGGAGCCAAUCAGAGCUUAUUAAUGGACUAACAUUUUAAACCUCCUCAGUCACAGAAUACACUGCUCUACAAAUAUGGCACAGAGUUUAGAUAUUUGCCAGACAGAAAUCAACAGUUCAAGUAUGUCUCUUGAGUAAACUGAAUGAAACAAUUGUACAACUUGUUAACUACCUUUGUAAGCUGAUCUGGCUAUCUUGGAGAGAUAUUGUGGCUGACUAGUGCCGGCGUGUUUCCAGCUAGUCAGCAUGUUAGCAGUUUCUGAACUGAUGGAGAUUUUGUUGUAACACCACAGUUAGGCUGGUAACAGCAAGACUGACUCACCCCAUCACAUUCAGCUCCUGUCAUACCUCCAUCAGUAAGCUUCCACCUACACCAUUUUACUAUUAGCCGUACCAUCUUCUGGUAUGGCUGGGUCUUAAAAAUGAUUUUUCUCAUUUUUUUGGCCAAUGUUGGUGCUCAGUGUUCAUUUCUGUGCUGUUUUCGCACCGCUCCUCCCAGCCACCAGGGAUUUAACAGUCUGAAUGUAUGGCCAGCAUAGUGAGGACUCACGCCUGGAAAUAUUUUGUCGAUGAAGUUUUUGCUGGUGGCGCUCUCUUGUGUCUAUCCAGCCAUGGUGUUUAUCACUGCCUAGAUAACUUUGUUAAAGGUUCUAUAUACAAGAUUUUGAACGUUAAUAUAGCAUUGAUAUUGCAGAAAACAUCUAUUUGCUGCGUUAAGAUACAGUAAAGUAAUGGUAAGCCACACUCCAUCAGUGUGUGUUGUAAUGUUGUAGUCAUAGAUGGAGGUUUUCUGGAUGUAUACCCCACCCCCACCCUUCCAUACACACAUACUAUCACAAACACACUCCCAUCAACUAGCCCCCAAAAACUGUUGGCCCUCCAUGCAUUUACCAACAGAAUGUUGACAGAAGACAAGAGCAAUCUCCCACACCUCAUUGUAAAGUACAAUUGCUGUCCAUAGCAUUUCAGCCAGUGCCUCAAAAAAACCAAAGAAUUUAAAAACAAGGUAUUUUGUUGUUGUGUUAUAUUGUUUUUUUCUAUCUUCUUUUUUGUCAAUUGUUUCAUUUCAGCUCUUUGUAAGAGUUUGUGGUGCUUAUUUCCCUGCUGUCUCCUCAUCUCUGCUCAGUUUGUUCCUCUCUAAUGUGUGUGUGUCCAUGUUUUACUUGCUGUUUCUACUCUGCUGUGUGCAACAAACAGUCAAACAGACAGAGAUGGACUGGAGAGGAGCAAACACAUGCAGCACAGCGUAGAAGGGACAGGUCAAGUAACGACCACGUUAUUAGAGUUGACAACAACUCAUUACAGCUGCUUAGUAUAUUUUACAAUGCCAGUGUGGGCUAAUGAUUGUGGGUGGAUUUUUCUGUUGUUGUAGAGAAAUUUGAAAGGAGGAGGAAGGUGCGGCCAACAUCCCUGUUUGUUUUGGUUUAAUAUGAGAGUGUUCUAGCGACAACCAGUGGUUCUGAAUGUUGUAUACAACAUAGAGCCAGUCAUAGGACUUUGGUGACCCAAAACAAAAUUUUGUUUGUAGCACCACAACACAACCAACCAACAAACCACCAAAUCACAUACACUGCUCAUGAGUAAAUGAGAAGACACACACGUGUAAUGGAGAUGGACAAAUAGAACAACAGCAACAAAUCUCUUACAGUAUUUGAUAGACAAUGUAUAUUUAAAAUAUGUAUAUUUAAAUGUAUAUUAAAAUCUAUUCAAAUCUGAUUAGUAAAGAAACUAUUUACAGUUGUAAAAUAAUCUGAAUAAUAAACAAUAUUUCAACAUAUUUAAACUACAAACCAACAAACUUGCACAUUAUAAGGUCUGGUAAAGACAAGUAAACACAGCUAAAAAAUGAACACCAGUGGGGCUCUAAUACCACAGUUAUGAUCUGCAGCUACAGUCACAUUGGAGGACAGAGUAGAUGUUUGUGAAGUUUCAGACCAUGUUUCCUCAGCAGCAGUCAUGCCAGCUGAUAAGGUCGAUGGCCCUGAUAACCACAGGUUCCUCCAAAAUAUGUCAAUAACACCCCUGAAAGGAUUAGACAUUAGGUCAAAAUGUUACAUCAAGACACAAAUUCGAUGCUCCAAGAGAACAAUAGCUUGUUCACAGGCAAAGCUGGCCUUUAAAAAUCAAAAAUGAUGCUCAUGCUAGUCACAUUAACUAGUAAGAAAAUUGCAAAAGAUCAGGCUUCAUCUAUUGAAAGGCAUUAUAGUUAAAACUAUUUUUGGGGCUUUCUUCAGUUUAAUUUGUUCAUAGUCAAAACCUGCCUUUACUGUUGUAAGAAAAAAAUCUAAAAUGUUAUUUGAUGCUUACAAUCCUACUCAGCAAGCAGUAAAAAAAAAGAAGCAUGUCCUCGAAUGAAUGUAUCUUACUGCAAGUAUUAUUUGUUUAUCCAAGCCUGAUCCAGUGGCCAGGAAAUGUAUGUGAACUGUUGCCAUAGAUGAACUUACUGUACACAAGCUAAUGAUGCAUAAAUGAUCAUAAUCUUUAAAUCUUUGAUUUAAAAAUUGAAUACACCCAUUAAACAUUCACAGUGCAGGUAUAAAAAGUAAACUGCUUUGGAAGCAAAACCUUAAACAAGUAUUUCUGGAGCUACAGAUCAAACUGUCACAUUCAGGGUGAAUUAUGUUCUUCCUUACAGAACUAUAUUCAGCUCCACUCUAUUUUUUGGCUGUCCGGUGUGAACGGCUCUUUUCCCUGUAUGUCCAUAGGGUUAAGGUCUAGGCUCUGACUGAGCCGUGAUAGAAGUUAUACUUUCUUUGUUUUAAGUCAUACUGUUUGUUUGAGUUACACUUUGGUGUUUCAUAUAUUGAUUCUUUUAUGAAUAUUUUUGUGGCUGACAUUAAGUACUGAACAGAAGUAAGUACACCACAGUAAUUCUAUUACUUCAAAGUUGAUCAGUAGGGUAUUUGCACUUACAUAAAAUAAACACUAAUAAUUUCGAUUUACUUUGUUAAAAAUACAGGCCUCACAGUAGAACUCAAUGCAACAAAUUGCAGUACACCUUUCAUUACUGAGAUUCAAAUCUUUUAUUUUAACAAUACUUCAUGUGUUCAUCUUUAUUUUCAAUGACAGACUCAAUCCUCCUCAGCAUGGAGGAUAUCAGGUCCACAAGUUUCUGCAGAGAAUUUUUGCUGAAGGGGUUGUGUUGCUCUGCCUUUCUUUUUAAAAAUACCCCAAAAGCGUUCAACUGGAUUCAAGGCACAUUUGAUCAGGUCAUAGUUUUCCCUUUGUUUCAUCGUUUAGAAAGUCUUGAAUGGUUUUAGCAGUGUGCUUUAGAUGAUUAUCAUGCUGGAAUAUUCUUCCUCUGCCAGAUGUUGCAGACUAGGAGCCAUCUUGUCAGCCAGUAUUUUGGUCUAACACCAGGCAUUCAUGGCGUAUCUAUAAAUAUGAUCUGUCCAACACCUUUUGCGCUAAUGCAGCCCAGUAUUAUCACAGUGCCACCUUCGUGCUUCACUGUCGCUACGCAUUCACUGUGGUAGUCCUGACCAGGUUCAUGGUAAACAUGUAGGACCCUAUCUGAGCCAAGUUCAUUUUGUUGUCCUGAGCUCACUAGACCAAAGAAUGUCCCCAUAUUCUUGAGGCCUCUUCUUGUGUUCUUUAGCAAAGUGUCAUAUUUCCGUUUUGUGCCAAAGAAUAAGCAAGGUUUUUUCAUUGAGUACUGUCCAUACAAGUUGCCAUUAUGACAUGCCCUUCCCACCAUUUCAGGCAUUUUAAUGAUAAAUCUUGUGCCAAGUCGGAAACUCUUGCUUGUCUGGUUUUCGUAGCUACAUUGAGCAAAUACAGCAGGAUGACCACUGCAGCUCUGACUAGUGAUACAAUGGUUUGUUCUACACCUCACAAUUGCUGCUCACUAAUAUUUCAGUUUCAUUUUUCAUCUUUGUGAAGUCUCACAAUUAGAUUUUUCAAAUCCUGUGGCAAUUCUUUUCCAUUUGAAGCUGUAACACAGACAUGCAGAGACAGUCAAUAGUUCUAAGAUCAAAAAUGUUCUGGUCAUCAAAGUUUGUUUUAUAAUUACAUUCGUGCAGUUAUACUAAUCGGAAACCACAGAUGUACUAAGUUUUGGUUCAGUGAUCACAAGUUUUAUAAUUUGUGUUUCAGUGACCAUAGAUUUGCUUUGUUACACUUAGUUUCUCUUUUUGGCCCUGUAAGACCAAUACAUUGUUGGUCAAAAUGUUGAUUACAAAAUAUUUUGUUGAAGGUUUUAGCUCUGGUUGCAUAAAUGAUUUUACUAUUUCAUCAGAAAUUUGAAAUAAUUCCAAAGUAUACCUAUAAAACAAAUAAAUAAGCCUUUAUAGACAGCAUCAGAAGAGCUAAGACAAUCUUCUAAUAAUACUAAAUUACAACAAUUUAAUAAUAAAUGUAUGCAAAUGCAAAAGUUAAUGUAAGACACCUAAACAGUUAAUAACGUGCAUGACCUCCCCUUGCUUGCAAGGUGGCAGCCAAUCUGCAAGGCAGACUCCCCACUAUUCCGUCUGACAUUGCACUAUGGAGACUUGCCCGUUCUUCCUGUAAAAACUGACCACAUUCACUAAGAUUAGCAGACUCUAGGUUUCUGGCAGCAACCGUACGCCCAACAGCAUCCCACAAAUGCUCAAUGGGUUCGGUGCCAGGCAGCAUGCCGGUUGGUGCAAAACACACAUUCCCUACUGGUCAGGAAAAUCCUGCACAGUUUGUUCUCUGUGUGCUGGGGCAUUAUUAUCUUGGUGCCUCAAGUCCUCUGUGAAUGUCUGCCAGGCCCAUGGCAGCAGGUGAUGUCUCAGUGUAUUACGAUACGCAGCCCCAGUGACAUUGGCCCCAAAGAUGACCAGGUCUGAUUUGCCAUAGGAGUGAAAGGCCCCAUACAUGCACAAAUCUGCCUCCACUGGAAAGUAUUGACUGUACACAAUCCUCAUUAAAUUUUUCACCUUGUAUUUGAUGUAUCCUGGCUUGGCCAUUUGUUCUAUACAACAGAAAAUGUGACUCAUCUCUAACAGGACGUGUUGCCAGUAAUUUACAGUAAGGGGCUCGGUGCUGCCUGGCCCACUGGAGGAGUUCCUGCUUGUGUGUCGUGUUUAGAUAUGGCUUCCUGAUCAGUCUUCUGACAUUCAGACCCUUUCAACCAAUCUCCUGCUGACUGUCUCAUGACUACUUAAAUAUUUGCAUCCUGCCUCAGAGAGGCAGCAGCAUGUUUAUCUACCACUAGUGCCCCAAAACCAUUCAAUUGGAAACAGAAAUGCCAGUCAAAUAAUUACUCAACUUAGCUUCUGUUAUGUUGACUAAAAUAGUGCUUUACAACUCCUCCAAUUUACAUGCUGUCACCAACAUUUUGACCAACAGUGUAUGUCAAUUGGAAUAGGCUCCAGUCCCUGACUUUUUUUUGAUUGUUCACAGGGGAAAUACACCAAAGUUUAAAUUAGAAGUAUUACAGUUACUGAGGAGUGAUACAAUUUGGAAUCAUUUGCCAUUUAAAUGAAAUUGUAGAGGGAUGUACUCACUUUUGAUGUAUAGCAUUGUAGAAACCCCCCCUGUUUCACUAACAUACAGCAUGCACCAAAGCUGAGUACACCCCUGGUAAAUAGCAUUGAAAUGUCAAACGAUUAAAAAUCUUGUUGAUGUAAUAUAUUUUGAUUUCUUUUUAGCCACAAUCUAAUCAUGGUCUUUUUUGUGCCAUUUUUUGAGUAUGCUUUUGUUUUGUUUUGUUUUGUUUUGUUUUGUUUUGUUUUGUUUUGUUUUGUUUUGUUUUGUUUUGUUUUGUUUUGUUUUGUUUUGUUUUUGAGGACAGCUACUGAGAAUUCUCUUUCAGGUAACAAGGCGCUCCAUAUACCUCGUAGCCACUGCUGCAACUGUGCUUCAUCUUAGGUUCAAUAGCUACUGAUCCUCUUGUACCCUUCCUAGUCUGUAAGUCUCAUUAUCUGAUUUACUACUUCAAGCAGAUUACUUAACCCUUUGAUGCAUAACCUGGGUCAAAAGUGACCCAAAUCCAAUGGAAAAUGGGUAUCUCCUGAUGUGGUCUAUGCAUCAAAGGGUUAAACACAACCCAGACAAAAACUGAGAAAGCUGUGGUGUUCACAAUAACCUUGUUCGCGUAGCUAGCUUUAAUCAGAACACACGUUUCAUUGUUUUUGUUGCACUGAGGUUUUACUUUGUGGCCCACAUUUUCAGUGAGUUCAAACUUGUAUUACACGGAAUCUAAACUCAUCUAACAUACAUUCAAAUACUCCUCAACUUUAAAAUCAAUGUCAAAGUACUCUUUGACAAAAUACAGGCAUGUGAUCUUUAUUUUUUUUUUUUUGAAUUUUUCGACAACCUGUCUAUCUGAUGACUAAUCAAUAUCUAAAUAUUCUAAACUUUGAGAUUGUUAUGAAUCCCUAUAUUUAUGCAAAUCCAAAACUCUUCUUGUGAGGCUUGGUUCACAGGAGGAGGCUCUUUUUGUGAAGAACAAACUCAGUGGUGUUUAUCAUGUCAGAAUCGAUCUAACCUACACCUCCAUCUUAUUUUUUUUGACUGCAGUCAUGUCCAAGUUUAAUAAAUGUAUGCAUGACUUAUUAAACGCAUUUAUGCAAUAAAUGCAUUGGAGACCAGCUAAAAUAAAAUCUCCAGUAAGUUGGUUUGAUCCAUCUGUACUAUCAGAUGUCCACAGAGUAGAGCAAAACAGAUCCAUUUUUAUGACAUUCUGACAAAUUAUUUAUAUAUGUAGAUUCUUAUUUUGAUGAAUUAGCAUACCAUAAAUAGAGUUAGAUCAGGUUCCCGAAACAACUGAUAUAUGCACAUCAGUGAUGAUCUUAGUGACACACUGUGGAAAACCUGUGCAGACAACUCAGAUUUUAACACCCCAUUUACUAACCUCUAGAGAUGGAAUCCCAGCCUUGUGUUCUGCCUGGGUCUUAUCUGUGGUAGAGGCUGCCAGCUGUCUUUGAUGUGGGCCCCACCAUAAGUGUGAAUAAAUUUUACCUCCAAACAUCAGUUGCAAAGUGCUUACUGUUCUAAUUCAAGUGCAAAGUGAUGUCUUUCAUAUGGAUUGGCAUUGAACUGAUGGAGUAUCAUGUUUCCAUGUUUUCACUUUAAAACACCAAAUAAAACCAAGUCUUAAUUUCC